GGCCGGGGUGCUGCGGCUGCCGCAGCACCGGCCGCGGCUCCGGCUCCGGCUCCCCGGCAUUUAAAGGGGACGCGGCGGCGGCCCCGGGGAUGGGGGGCAAGUGGAGGGAACGGCCCAGACGCACAUCAUCCACGGUCCCUCGGGACUGGAGGGACGCGUGAGCCGGAGCUCAGAGAUCCGGGGGUGGAUAAGACACCGCGUCCCCCCCCAAUUCCCGUAAGCACCCCUGGCUUUAUCCUGCCCCCAAAUCCCUUAGCUAGCCCCCUUCCCACUCCUUACACUUUAAACUCAGCCAGGACAGACCGCGGCCACCGCUGAGCCCACGAGCUCUGGAUGACGGCUAGAGGCCAACAAAGUCUCUAGAGGUGGUGCUCAGGGUUGAGGUGCUGACAAUGAGCACGUGCUUUCCAGUUACUGGCCUACGAUGCCUGUCUAGGGUCUUGGAAGUGCCAGCACCCCUGGCUGUGGCCUGCUAACCAGCCUCUCCCCGGCCGGCUCCUGCCGCGCCGCCUCUCGCUUGCUCCCUCCUCCUGCUCCUCUUCCCCCUGCUCCCAGGACAGCAGGAUGGCUGCGCACGGAGCGCCACGCUUCCUUCUGACCUUCGACUUCGAUGAGACCAUCGUGGAUGAAAACAGCGACGACUCGAUCGUGCGCGCUGCACCCGGCCAGCAACUGCCUGAGAGCCUGCGUGCCACCUACCGCGAGGGCUACUAUAAUGAGUACAUGCAACGGGUCUUCAAGUACCUGGGCGAGCAGGGCGUGCGGCCGCGGGAUCUGCGCGCAGUCUACGAGGCCAUCCCCCUGUCGCCGGGCAUGGGUGACUUGCUGCAGUUUAUAGCCAAACAGGGCUCCUGCUUCGAGGUUAUUCUCAUUUCGGAUGCCAACACCUUCGGUGUGGAGAGUGCCCUGCGUGCCGCAGGCCACCAUGGCCUGUUCCGCCGCAUCCUCAGCAACCCAUCGGGGCCCGAUGCGCGGGGACUGCUGACGCUGCGGCCCUUUCACACUCACAGCUGCUCGCGCUGCCCCGCCAACAUGUGCAAGCACAAGGUGCUCAGCGAAUACCUGCGUGAGCGUUCCCGUGACGGCGUGCACUUCGAGCGCCUCUUCUACGUGGGUGAUGGUGCAAAUGACUUCUGCCCCAUGGGGCUGCUUGCGGGCGGGGACGUGGCCUUCCCACGCCGCGGCUACCCCAUGCACCGCCUCAUCCAGGAGGCACAGAAGGCCGAGCCCAGCUCGUUCCGCGCCAACGUAGUGCCCUGGGAAACCGCAGUGGAUGUGCGCCUCCAUCUGCAACAGGUGCUGAAGACGUGUUGACCGUCGCCUGCAGGGGGCGCCCGGGGCAACCGGCGGAGACGGCAGGGGCUGGGACUUGGGAAAGGCAAGCUGAGUUUUAGAUUCCCUUUUCCCUUUUGCUUUGCUACACUCCUCCGCGCAUUUUGUCUGCUUGGGGGCUGGGAACGGGGUUCAGAGCCGUCCCGAUCUAUGCAGUUAACACAGUUCGGCUGCUUCCCCGCUUCCACUGCCAUGCUCCAACCCAGAAUGGUGCGCACGUCUUGGAAGGCAGCAGUAGCCUCCAAACCUGAAGGGGCUCCUGGCAGGUGGCAGAAGGAACAUCUCUCACUGCUAUAAACUUCUGCUUCGGCUGCGUAACCUCCCCGCCCCAGUCUUCUCUCAAGGGGACUCAGGAUCGCCGCAUGUCAGCACCAGACUCCCCCGGCACAGAUAGAUGACGCAGCCAGGCCUUGUUCCAGCCACAGCAACCCUACACUACUGCAGUACUCGCUGCACCUUCCUGCUUCCCUUCCUCUGCCCACACCAGCCACCCCCCGAAAGGAAGAAAAAGCCAGGGGGAACAGUCGCCUCCUGGUGGUGGAACAAGAUAGCACACUGUCCACCUGGGUAAAGCCACCUAGGGACCUCAGAGAGUCUCCUUGCACCCCAGCCUCAUCUAUUGCAGCAAGAGACCAGGGAUCUCACCAAAGUCAUCCUCCGCAAACCCCCUCCACCCUUAUGGAACAGAAAGCCAUGUUUUUAAAGCAGAGCCAGGGAAUCCUAAGCCCCUCCCCUCUCUGGUAUUUCAGACCUAUAAAGGAGGUGAAGGGGGGCAGUGUCUCCAAUCUCUUGGCGCCACAGUGGGAGGGUUGAGAGUGCUUUUUGCUCUCAGAGAGCCCCAUUUAAACAGGAGGCUUGAAGAACCCAUACUGAACACAAGCAAGGGGCAAAAGAGUCUUAAGAUGCAGUCAGUGGCUGCAUUAGUCAAUGGCUGCCUGUGGUGACUGGGGUCUAGUAGAGGGAACAGUUGAAGACUAAGCAGGUGGAGCGGCCCUGUGAGGCAGUCUGCAGGGCUCGACUUAGGUGCUUUAGAACUUGGUGUCUGUCCAUCGGAACCUCUCUGGCCUUCUAGCCCUGCAGGGCAACUAUCAUGGGGUCAUUGGAGUUUUAUUCAAAGCUGGUACUCUGCCCUGCAUGACUGGGGGGGGGGUCCCCUGUGGGCAAAGUGUCCAAACUUCUUGGCUUCCAAGUUUUUUCCCAUCUGGAACAGGCCUCUUCGUACCUCCUCUCUCUUUAGGCCCACUUUCCAUUGCAGUGAGGGGAAGGCACUGAACACAGCUCACAGCCCAAGAGGUAGACAGGCUUAGUCCAGUCUUGACUAUGGAGCUGGCUUUGGCUUGGGGCUAAAGAGGCCCACUGAGGCA